AUGAAACGCAAAUCGGAAGGAGGCAAUAAACAGCCAUUACAACGGCGAAAAACUGAAUUGGUAUUUGACCCACAGAAACGAAUAGAAUUUCUUACCGGGUUUCACAAACGUAAGCAACAUCGUCGUAAAAUUGCACAAGGUGAAAUGCAGCGAAAGCUGAAGGAGGAAACGAAACGUAUUCGAGCGGAGGCGAAGGAAAAAAUGCGAACUUUAUAUCAUUCGUACAAACCUAUACCGGAACUGACUGAGGAAGAUAAGAUGGAUGAUCGAGAGGAAGAGUACGAUACGGAAAACGUGACGGUGAAGGUAGUAGAACUAUGCACGGAAGAAUUAGCUAAAGAACACAAUUGGAUUGGGCAAAAUCGCGGUCUAGUGAAAGAUAGUGGCUCCGAGGAGGAUUCGGAGGAACAGAGCGACGCCGAAGAGGAUGAAUGCAAACUGCUUGGGGUAGUGCCGGGAAUGGAGUUGGAUGGUGAGAAAAAAAUUAAACGUAAACAAAAGGUCCUGAAUGACGAGACGCAGCAAGUAAACAACAGGGAACACGACGAUAAAAAACAAAAAGGUGAACCGAAACAGAAGAAAGGACCUGUAUUGAAUCUGGAAGGCAUACGCUCGAAAAAAGAGCUCAAUCACAAGCUAAAGCGCUACGCACUGAAAUCUAUGAAGAAAAGUCAAGCGUUCCGACAAAAAAAUCGAUUGCAACAGCAAAAACAAUUGAAAAAAUCACGACGUAUCCGACACCAGAAGGAAAAGCAUCUAAAAUCGAAGAGAAAAGGAUUCAAUAAGCACGACAGUUCAAGCCGUCGGGAAACCAAACGGAAACGUUCCGAUGAUUAGGCAGAAUGUGAUA